CAAUGGGUUACAUUGGAUGAGUUAAUUCUUUCAAAGCAUUUAUUUUUGACCGUUUAGAUGAAGAAAAUCUGAUAUAUUUCGCUGAUUCAUCACAAACAGAAUAUACCCAGAGAAUAAGGACCACAAGGAAUGGCAACUGAUUUGUAUCUGUCGAAAAUUUCUGGACUCUAAUGCAUAAAUACUCUCCUCAUAGUGAAUCACCAACUCAACAAAGCAAAGAACAUAAAAAGAAAGAAGAGUAUGUAACAAUUACAAGAUGUUGGAGAAAUGACAUGGGUUUAGUGACAAAAUUUAAUUUUUUCGUCAUUUGAUAGACAAAAGGAUAGAGGAAAAUGGGGUAGUCUUUUUCUAAGGGUGUGCUAUGAGAGUUAGACACAUGACCGAGUGACUGAAUCCUGAUCAAUUUCUUCAUGCACAUAUAUAAUUUAGUCCAAGUCCAUCAUGGGUUGAACAAAAAUACAAAUUCUCAGCCACAGCUGCAGCGCAGCAGCUGCAAUUCUGAUCUCUUGGCGUAGGAAACAGACGAGAGAACAAAGGAGAAUAUCAUCACUCCAUCCACUACUUACCGUAUUUAUAUCCCAUCUUCUUAAAAAUUGUGCCCUCACUCUCUCCCUCUAUUUCUCAAUAGCUAGGGUCAAUAUACAUUAUGUGCUACUGUGCCGGCCUGUUGGCUGGUAGUAGGUAUAUAACUUUCCCUUUCGAGAAUGGGUUCGUUUUUUUGUAGAGGGGUCUCUUCCCUUUGGCAAAAGUUCUCAUUCCAGGUCCACUAUCAAGCACCAUGACCAUAGCUGUCCCUUUUAGACAAUUUGGGUUUCUGUGUUUUUCGUAGUGUGUGCUUUUCCUAUGAAUGAGGGCUCCUUCUUUGUCUCCCUUUGGAUUCUCUUCUUUCUCUCUCUCUCAAUGCCAACCAUAAACAUUUAAUUUCUCUCAUGAUCUGCUCUCAUCCUGAAAAAGAAACCCACUUUUUUUUUUUUUGAACAUUUUAUCCAUUUCUCUCACAACUUAACACUAAGAUGCUUCAACUUGAAUUUCCCACAAAUUUGUUUGAUUGUAAUUGGAAACAGUAAUGUUGAUUACUCCACCAGUUUCUGUUAUGGUAUAAACUAUUCUCACCAAUUGACAUGAAAAAUAGAAAACUAUGCUAUGUAGAGCCAGCAGUAAGGUGCUCUUCAGUGGGGUUUGAAUCUUUUGAUCAGUCACCAAAGAUUGAUCAAAAGCUUGACAAGAAAGAAGAAAAUGUCAUUUCUGCUAACAAUAUAGCCUUGGAAAUCAACAAGAAGAGAAAGCAACCAAGGAGGCAGCCUAAGGAAUGGAGAUGUUUAGAUUCUUGUUGUUGGAUAAUUGGAUACCUUUGCACCACUUGGUGGCUUCUUUUGUUCUUGUACCACUGUUUGCCAAUUACAUUGCUUCAGGUUCCUGAAUUACCAGGGGUAAGGCUUAAACGUGAAGGCUUGACGGCUCUUCACCCUGUGGUUUUAGUCCCUGGCAUUGUCACUGGUGGACUGGAGCUAUGGGAAGGCAGGCCUUGUGCUGAUGGUUUGUUUCGUAAACGCCUUUGGGGUGGUAGCUUCACUGAAAUCUUCAAGAGGUACUUAAAGCCUUUGUGUUGGUCAGAGCACUUGUCUUUGCACAAUGAAACUGGCCUUGACCCACCAGGAAUCCGGGUUCGUGCUGUUCGAGGGCUGGUUGCAGCUGACUAUUUUGCUCCGGGAUAUUUUGUGUGGGCUGUUCUCAUUCAAAAUUUGGCAAAAAUUGGUUAUGAGGGCAAGAAUUUGCAUGUGGUUGCUUAUGAUUGGAGGCUCUCUUUCCAGAAUACAGAGAUUCGGGACCAUGCUCUUAGUAGGCUGAAGAGUAAAAUUGAGCUAAUGUAUAUAACCAAUGGCUAUAAGAAAGUGGUAGUGGUGCCGCAUUCCAUGGGGGUUAUCUAUUUUCUUCACUUCCUUAAAUGGGUUGAAACACCUCCUCCUAUGGGGGGCGGUGGUGGUCCAGGUUGGUGCGCCAAGCACAUCAAGGCAAUCAUGAACAUUGGUCCGGCUUAUCUGGGCGUUCCAAAGGCUGUUAGUAGUAUAUUCUCUGCUGAGGGCAAAGAUGUCGCUUAUAUCAGAGCUAUGGCACCAGGAAUAUUGGAUUCUGAGAUUUUGGGGCUUCAAACAUUAGAACAUGUCAUGCGGGUGUCUCGGACAUGGGACUCCAUUGUGUCAUUGCUGCCUAAAGGAGGAGAGACCAUUUGGGGCAACAUGGACCGGUCACCUGAAGGAGGGCAUGUAUGUGACUUCUCCAAGAAAAGACUUUCUCAGCCCUCUCCAAGUGAUAAUAAUGUCAACAACAGUGAUGUGAAGAGAGGUUUCAGGGUGAAAGAUCCAGUUAAGUAUGGAAGAAUAAUCUCUUUUGGCAAGGCAGCCUCAGUAUUACAUUCUUCACAGCUUCCCACUUUCGAUUCAAAGGAAUUUUCACGCACAAAUGCUCUCCAAAAUUUGAAGUUUUCAUGUGGAGAGGCCUGGACCGAAUAUGAUGAGAUGAGCAGGGAAAGCAUCCAAAAAGUUGCAGCAAAUAAAGCUUACACAACUAGAACUCUUUUUGAUCUGCUACGCUUUGUGGCACCAAAAAUGAUGCAACGAGCUGAAGCUCAUUUUUCACAUGGAAUAGCAGACAAUCUUGACGACCCUAAAUACAGCCAUUACAAAUACUGGUCUAAUCCACUUGAAAUGAAACUACCUGAUGCGCCGGACAUGGAGAUAUACUGCCUGUAUGGUGUUGGAAUUCCCACUGAAAGAUCAUACGUGUACAGGCUAUCACCUAUCAGUAGGUGCAAAAGCAUUCCAUACCAGAUUGAUAGCUCAGUCCAUGGAGAAGAUGAUAGCUGCUUGAAAGGUGGAGUAUAUUUUGCAGAUGGAGAUGACAGUGUACCGGUUCUAAGUGCUGGAUUCAUGUGCGCUAAAGGUUGGAGAGGAAGAACCCGGUUCAAUCCAUCUGGCAUUGCUACAUACAUAAGGGAGUACCGGCACAAGCCACCAGCUAGCCUGCUUGAAGGGAGGGGCAUUGAGAGUGGGGCACAUGUUGACAUCAUGGGAAAUGUUGCUCUCAUUAAAGACAUAUUGCGCAUUGCAGCUGGAGCCACUGGGAAGGAGAUUGGAGGUGAUAGGAUUCAUUCAGAUAUCUUAAGAAUGUCGGAAAGAAUUAAUAUUCUUCUGUGACUAUAUUUAUAAAUACAAGAAAAUGGUUUGAGAAAAAAUGGUAAGGAAAAAAUUAUAAAUACAAAUAUGGAGAUGCAGGGGAUCGAACCCUGUACCUCUCGCAUGCAAAGCGAGCGCUCUACCAUUUGAGCUACAUCCCCGCACGUUAUUGAUUUGGAUGAGGAAAUGAAACUGAGCAGGAUGGGAGUUUGAUACAAGUUUAACCAACGCAGUAAAAAUCCAAUUGCGAUAAAGUUCGAAGGAGCAAGAAACCUCGAUAAACUAUUUACCUAUAACAUAGGUAAACCCUGUCAAGAAAAAGAUAAUGGCUGAUAGCCCGUUUUCCAUUUCCUGCUGCACCCCCCCCUCCCCUCUCUGCUUAGGGUGUGCCUGUUAAAUAAUAAUACUGUGCAAGAAAGGAUGUCCAAUCUAUUUGUCUACCGUAUCUGAUAGCUUCACAGAUAAAGGAUUUGAAAGUGAUUGAGGAACUGCUAGAGAAGUAAAAAAAGGGCACACGAUACAACAUGAGGAAGGUCAGUGACUGAAGAUUUGGGCUACAUGUUUCUAGUGCCAUUAUUUAGUUCACUUUUUUUCUGAUUUGGGCAAAAGAUGAAAAGGGUGUAGCAGAAGCUAGGACAGCCCAAAAAUGAACCUCAUCAAGACACGCCACAAGAAUUUAGUUGGAACUACUGCCUUUUUUCUGUUAAUUUGAUAUGGGAAACUCCCAGAUUUAAAAAUGGAAAUUCUCUUUCAAGAGUCAAAUGACAUUAUAACCCAAACUUAAUUCGAGUGUAGCAAAAG